UCGAGCGCCCACUCGCGGUCGACUGAAGUCCACUCACCUACGUCCGUAGCCAGCACGGUCCCUUCUGGUGACGAAGCGGCAUAUCUCGAAGCCGUGGACCGAUACCGUGUACCACGACUCGUCCUUGAUACCCCACAACCUGGCUAUCGUACGCGGUGA